AUAAAGAACAACAAAAGAAGUUGAAAACCCAGCAUUGCCAAAAUGACGUCUGCUUAUAUACUUUCCAUAUUUGUUUUGAUGCUUUGGUAUUUGGCAUCAGCAGGUCCUGUGCCUAUGAACGAGUGUGUGUUGUCACCUGUCAACAGCUCCCACCCCGUCCAAGCCUUGCUGGAGAGCUUUACAGUCUUAUCUGGCUGUGCAAGCCAAGGAACUGCUGGGUUACCACAGGAAGUUCAUAUUCUCAAUCUGCGAAGUCCUGAAGAAGGCAUUGGCCACCAUGAAAGAGAGGUCACUUUACAUUUGAAUCCAAUUUCUUCCAUUCAUAUCCACCAAAAGCAGUUGGUAUUCCUUUUGAAUUCUCCUGUGCCUUUGGUGUGGAAGGUAAAGACUGAAAGGCUUGCCCCUAGGAUUCCAAGGUUUUUCUAUGUUUCUGCAGGGUCCAUUGUGCUGUUUGAAAAAGAAAACUUCUCUUUGUCAGCAAAGAUAGAAGAAAGGCCUCUCCCUCAGGGAAAUAAGCAUCUUUUACAGUGGGCCCAAAAGGCAUAUGGGGCAGUAACAUCUUUCACUGAACUCAAAAUAUCCAAAAAUGUUUAUAUCAAAGUGGGUGAAGAUCAGUUUUUUCCUGCAGCAUGCAAUAUAGAAAAGAACUUUAUUUCUCUGAAUUAUCUUGCGGGAUACCUCCAACCAAAGCCAGCUGAAGGGUGCAUUAUCUCUAACAUUGACCAAGGAAGAGAAGUUCACAUAAUUGAGCUAAUCACCCCAGACUCUAAUCCAUAUAGUGCUUUCCAGGUGGAUAUCAUCAUUGACAUUAGACCAUCUAGGCCAGACAUCACACUUGUCAGGGACCUUGUACUUAUCCUCAAGUGUAGAAAAUUUGUCAAUUGGGUCAUCAAGUCACAUGACGUUAAGGGGCAACUGGAAGCGAUUGCAGCAAACAGUGUUGGCUUUGGAAAAGAAUCUGAGCGCUCUAUGAUGAUGACUAAAACCAUAAUAUCUGAUAUUCCAUCCUCUCAUGAGAGUUUGAUUACAUGGGCUUAUGACCAUGGCUACAGUCCAGUCACUUCCUAUACAAAAGCGCCUGUUGCUAAUAGAUUCCAUCUACGGCUUGAAGACACUGAAGAAUUGAAUGAUGAGGAAGACCAUUAUCUUCCACCCGAGCUGAAGGAACUGCUGCGUAUUGGUAACCCACUGCCAGCUCCAAUCCCACCUUUGAGCGAUGGUGUUAGUUUUCCCUUCCACUUCAAUAGAGAGCAUGACAAACACGAAGGAACCCUACCUUCAACAGAUAUGGUGGACACAAUAGGCAGCUUUGAGCAGCUGCUUCCAAAAAACAAAGAACCAGAAGAAGUGCAGGGCAGUGUUGAUGUCGCCCUGUCAGUAAAAUGUGAUGAUACCUCAAUGACUGUAGCUGUCGCAAAGGACUCACUGGAGGCUAGUGGUUACAUUGGGACACAGCUCUCACUGUUGGAUCCUGCAUGUAAAGCUAAGACAAACAGGACCCAUUUCAUUUUGGAGUCAUCGCUGCAGGAGUGUGGAACAAGACGGAUAGUGUACACCCUGGAUAACAUCGUGUAUCUGAACUCUAUUGUUAUUCAGCUGUCCUCACCAUCUGAAACAAGUGGUUGGGCAGCCGAUUAUGAAGACAUGGAAUCAGGGGACAAUGGAUUCCCAGGUGACACUGAUGAAACAGAUACCUCUUUUUCCAGACGGCCUGAAAUUGUUGUGUUCAAUUGUACAGUCCGUCAGCCAAAGGCUCCUAAUGUUCCCAUGCACUGGCCGCCUGAAACACGCAUGAGCAAUGUGUCCUUCAGCAUAGAACUUUAUAAAACGGAUCUCUUCCAUAUCCCAACUCAAGGGAUCUUCUCUGUGGCAGAGAAUGGGCAGGUUUUUGUUGAGGUUUCUGUGACCAAGGCUGACAGAUCUCUGGGCUUUGCAAUUCAGACUUGCUUUAUCUCUCCAUAUUCGUACUCAGAUAAGAUGUCAGAAUAUAUAAUUAUAGAAAACAUCUGUCCUAAAGACGAAUCUGUAAAAUUCUACAACGUACCCAAGGCUAAUUUCCCUAUACCGCAUGCCCUAACUGACAAGAAACGGUUUAGCUUCAUAUUCAGAUCCAUAUUCAACACCUCCCUUCUCUUCCUUCACUGUGAAGUGACCUUAUGUACGAAGAAAGAAAAAGAUACUCAAGGAUUGGCCAAGUGCAUUCCUCCCGAUGAAGCCUGCACCUUUCUCAGUGCUGAUAUGAUCCUAGCCUUGAUGCCAAAUAAGAAAACCUUCACCAAACCCCUUGCUGUGGUAACUCUUAAAGGAAAGCCUGAAGAUAAAUCUCCUUCCAGCUCAAAGCCUCCUGAUGGGUUACAACCUGUCUUCUAUGGCCUGGACACUCUGACAGUUGUGGGCAUUGCAUUUGCAGCUUUUGUGAUCGGUGCACUGCUGACAGGAGCAUUGUGGUUCAUCUAUUCUCACACAGGAGAACAGGCAGGAAGACAGCAGGUACCUACAUCCCCACCAGCCUCUGAAAACAGCAGCGCAGCGCACAGUAUUGGCAGCACACAAAGCACCCCCUGUUCCAGCAGCAGCACAGCCUAACCCAGGGGCUGAGAUACAAGUCCAAGGAGCAACACAGGAGAGCAGAGGUUCAAAUGGAGCUGUUUGAGGUCACUUGCUUUGGAAGGGUUGGUUUGGAUUCUUUGG